AUGGGAUUUCCAUGUAUAGGGCGCUUGCUUGUGGCGAGCCCGUUCCCUGCGAACUCAGUGAUCUCUUGGCGAGGGUCCCCAUGGGCAGUGAAGGCCACGUGCAUGCUCCUCAGAGUUUCUCUUGGCUGGCUGAGACAAGGAAGCCUUGAAGAGGUCACCCCUCCCGCCCCCCCGCCUUGGCAGCCUCGAAGCUUCCCGUACCGAGUAGGCCUUACCAAAGGGAGUUUUGCGGUAGCUGCCUGCCGUUUCGCACAAGCAGCGACACAGCAUGGACGUGUUCUAUGGCCUUCUGGCAUGCAGCGCAGCAGUGCAGUGCGAGCGGCGUGUGGACGUACAGCCGCCCACGAACUUCACACCCAAGCGAGGCGUGUUGUUUGUACAGAUCUGACGCAGGGCUUUCCUCAGGAGGCACGACAGCUCAAUGGCAGCUCUCUGUCGCAGUUCAACGCUUAUAUCGAUAUGCUGCAGCAACUGCUGCAGCAGCAGGAUACGCAACUCGCGAAUCGGGUGCCUUUCGUAGGGAAAACGCUUACUUUCUUCUUGCCGCAAAAGGGAGGCGCCUCAGUGCCCCUAGAUGCAUUAGACGCGAUUCAGCAGCAGCAGCGGGAGGAGCAGCAGAAGGAGCACCCAGAGACGAAGCUGCAAAGACUUCGUCCAGUAUACAUUCAUCUCCAUUCGCUACCUCUAGAAAUUCAUCGGUCUCAAGUUGAGGCCAUUGUUGAAAACUUGUGCCUUCGACUGACGGCCGCUGUCGAGGGGAAAGAAGGCCUCUCAGAGGUCUCCCCGAAUCCAGCGCCUUUACUGACGCCGAAAACGAAGGAAAAAGAUACGCUGGCGAAUUUGUGGCAGCAGCAGAUUGACGACAUUGCUUUCAAGGAUGCGCUGUACCAGCAAAACCCUAAAUAUAUAGCGUAAGCCAAUAAGAAGGCAAGAAGGCGCAAACUCUCUCGAGUGCUACAUAGAGCUGAGAAAAUUGUGUAUAGACGUUUCGGGCCAGACCCCAAGACGCCUCCCGCAGACGCUGCAGAUCUGCUACGCAAAGUCGCAGUUGCCGAGAGCGGCUAUCACCCGGAACUGGUGUAUGUUAAUGCAAGUCUAACACAGCAGCAACGGCAGGAGGCGCUGGACAGGAUAUGCGGCUGCCGACCCUCCACAGUCUCUCCUAGCGAUCGAUGGCUUCUUUCUUCUCUGCUCUCCGCCCUCAAGAAGAGCAAUCCUCCAAUCCCCCUCCUUAUUCACAAGCAGUACAGAUUCAUACGGGAGGCGGGCAUUUUAGAAGUAAGGGAAUACCCUCGUGUUGCCGCUCUUGCACCUUAG